AUUUAACAUCAUACAAUUUUCACAUUGUUACGGCGAUUUGAUAUAACCAACUCAAUACAAAAAAAUAGUACAAUACAAAUCUUCUGUUUAGUUGGUAAAACGAAACUUGAAUAACAAGCUUGCUACUUGUUAUUAGGUAACUAUUAUAAUUACCUAUUACUUAUACAAUUUGAUGUAGAAAUAAUUUAAACAAUGACAGAGCAUAACUUGACAAGAUGUGAAUGGGCAAACAAAAAUGACUUAUACAUUAAAUAUCAUGAUGAAGAAUGGGCCAAGCCUGAAUAUGACAGCAUUAAUUUAUUUGAAAUGUUGUGCUUAGGCGGACAACAAGCUGGACUUUCAUGGAUCACAAUUUUAAAGAAAAGAGAUAAUUACAGAAAACUUUUUUGUAAUUUUAAUCCCUACAAAAUUGCAAAGUUUACUAAUAAUGAUGUUAAGAAACUAUUAAAUGACACUAGUAUAUUAAGGAAUAAAAAUAAAAUUGAGGCUAUAAUUAACAAUGCUAAAUGUUUUAUAGCAAUGGAGAAUAGAAAAGAAAAUUUUUCUGAAUUCAUUUGGAGUUUUGUCAAUCAUAAAUGUGUUAUUAAUAAUUGGCAUAACAUAAAUGAAAUACCUACUGAAUCUGAAGCAUCUCGUGCUCUUGCCAAAGCUUUAAAAAAAAGAGGAUUUAAAUUUGUUGGAUCCACUAUCUGUUAUUCAUUUAUGCAAACAUGUGGAUUAAUAAAUGAUCAUAUUGUGGAUUGCUUUUGUCGUCACAAUAUAUAAAAUAAAUGUUAAAUGUAUUUUUUAAUACCA